GUUAUCCGUGUCCUUGCCGGGCAGAUAUAAUCGCGCGGUCCUCAGCAAUAACGCGCAUUAUGAGAUGUGAAAUGAAGCAAGUCGUAAUAUUCGGCAGCACUGGGAACACCGGCCUCUGCUCUCUGAGGACCGCCGUAGAAAAAGGUUUGAAAGUACGAGCUUUUGUAAGAGACAAAACCAAAAUUCCUGAAGACCUUAAAAAUAAAGUCGAAGCAGUUAUUGGAGAUGUAACUAACGCGAAGGAGGUUGCAAAAGCAGUAGCUGAUACAGAUGCUGUCGUGGUAGUACUUGGUACCAGGCAAGACUUGAAUUAUACUACCGUGCUAUCCCAAGGCAUGCGAAAUAUAGUACAUGCUAUGAAAACGCAUAAUGUUGGUCUUGUCUCCGUAUGUCUGUCAGAGUUUUGUAUCGACCUUGGAGCAGUACCAGUUAUAUUUCAAGAUGUGGUCGAUGAACAUCGGCGUAUGCUUGAUAUAAUUAAAUCGAGUGGUUUAAAGUGGGUGGCGAUAUGUCCACCAGUCAUUGCAGAGAUAUCAAAGAAGGAAUAUACUAUUGCAUUUGAUUCCAUACCUGGAAGUGUAAUCUCUAAAUAUGACUUGGGUGCGUUUCUUGUCGAAUGUCUCGAGAAACCUGAUUAUUACCAAAAGAUAAUCGGCAUCUCAAACACAGCAUACCUCUUGUGAAAAUUUAAACCAGAGCGUAAUAGAUGCGUUUCAUUCACCAGAUUACUUUCAUCAAGGACUGUGUGUAGAAAUAUAUGGAUACAUGAAUAAUAAAAUACAUGUAUUUUUUCUAGUGGAAAAAUAAAUAUGUAUAUUUAUGUAAAUUGUUA